GCACGUAAAUCCUAAUAAACCUAAUGUUAUUCAACAAAGCACAAAGCCAGAGAGUUAUUUUGAAUUUAUCGAUAACAAAUUACUAUUUGUUAUAACAAACGAGAAUUAUAAACGUCUUGAAGAAAAAUGUAAAAAUGAAGACAAAAAUGGUAAAGUUAUACCUGGAGAAUUUCGUAUAUUUGUAGAGUGUGAAAGUAACAAGUUUUGUAUUACUGGCCCUCAUAGUUCAUGUCAAGAUGUAGAUGAUGGAAAGAAAUCUGUAUCCAUAACUUCAGUGAGGAAACAGAAUUUCGAAGGAACUGCUUCAAAAGACCCAUUGGAAAUGAUGUAUAAAGUAGGCUUAGAUGAGAACAAAAAGCUUGUUGAAAUAACUAGAAUGUCUAUAAAUCCAUUUAAAACUACAACACCUAAUCUUAAUGCUACUACGAUACAACGAACAGUUAACAAUGAUUCUGAAACAACAACCACUGAUCAGCAAAGGGCAUUGAGCCAAGAACUUGUUGCUAAUGAACCUAAAGCGGUAGGUGAGCUUAAAUUUGUUGGUGAAAAGUUAUUAUUAGUUACAACCUCAGAUCAGUUUGCAAAAUGUAAGGAUUAUAGAAAUACUCAGAGUGCAAAUCCAGAUGAACUUCUUAUGUUUAUAAAAUGCGGUGCAAAUGAAUAUCGUAUUGCUG